CUCUCUCCCUCUCUUCCCCACCACCAUUUUCUCACUCCUCUCCCCCAAUUCCUUCUUCGAUCGCCGGAAUUUAUACGACGACGAUGAGCAACAAUAGUAACAAUGCAGGUUUAAUGUUCGGCGACACCACGCUCACGAAGGUGUUCGUCGGCGGAUUGGCGUGGGAGACUCCCAAGGAAGCUAUGCGAGAUCACUUCGAGAAGUUCGGCGAGAUCUUGGAGGCUGUAAUCAUCUCCGAUAAGCUCACCGGCAGAUCCAAGGGCUACGGAUUCGUCACGUUUAAGGACGCGGAAUCGGCGAAGAAGGCUUGCGAGGACGCCGCGCCGAUCAUCAACGGCCGCCGAGCCAACUGUAAUCUGGCGUCGCUCGGAGCUCGCCGCGGCUCUCGCUCCGCAUCGGCUGCUACUCCUCCCCAAGCUCCUCCGCUACCAGGAUCCAACGGCGGUGGGGGGGCGAGGUCCACGUCAGCAGCAUCGCCCAACCACGUGCAGUGGUACUACCCGGCCGGGACUCCUCCGACGCCGUUUCAUCAUCAGCCUCAUCAGCCCGUCCCGUUCUACGGUUACUCCCCAAGCCCCACCUACAUCGCCACGGAUAUCAGUUACAACCAUAAGCUGAGCUAUAUGAACGGCGGGGGGCAUUACUCGCAGGUGUAUCCGGGGCAGGCUAUGGUGGGAGCGAACACAUUGAUGCCGAUGUACCCGCUGUAUCACUACCAUCAAUCACACGCCAUGGGGAUGCCGGCCCACAUAUUCCCGCCAAGCCCGACGGCGGCCGGCCCAUUCGCCGCCGUCCCACCCACAUCCAUCAUGUCCAAACCGGCCUCGGUUGGUCCAAAUCCAGUUUGCUUGGUUGUGGAAUAAUAGGUACAGUUGGAGGAGGAUGCAGAGGAUGAUUAAACAAAGAAAAAAGAAAAAAAAAGGGAGAGGAGGAGAACUAGAUAUAAAAAGGGGGCAGCGGGCAGGGCAGGGCAAGAGGGGCUCUCUUUUUAUAUUUUUUCUAAAUCUGAACAUCUAAUUCUCUAAGUACAGAGACAAGGUGAAGCUGGUUGGUUGGGGGGCUGCUCAGAACUGCAUUAUUUUAGCUCAUGAUCUGCUGUAGCUCUUUAUUUUUCUUUCUUCUUUUUAAUUAUCAACUAAUUUCAUUGCUAUUAUUUUCAUUUUUUUUCCUAAUCUCUCUCUCUCUCUCUCCUUCUUUCUCUCUCCUAGCAUUGAAAAACAAAAGUUGCAGAAACAGAAACAGGGGCAGAGAUAAAUUAAGCCAUGCAUUGGCCAGCUUAACCUGCA